GGCAGCCACUGCUGCAGGAUCUGAAGGAAAGUAGGUUUCUUAUGCUGCAGGCGCGCGCCGCCUGCGGGGCGGUUCUUCUGCAAGAGGACCGUAUCCGGGUUCAUGCGUCUGACGAAGUUCUGGAGGAGAAUGCGGUGCGCCAGAUGGACGUGCUGACGAGCUGCCACGCGAGCGAGGUGCACGUGACAGACUUGGAGGACUUACCCACGAAACAGGUACCGCAGCAUUUGCUCUUGGGGGACAAGAUGGAAAAUGUCACGCGCGGCUGCGAGCAACAACCAGAGUCUGCGUCUGCCGAGGAUUUCGCCCCCAGGAAAAAUCAGAAUCAGAUCGUGGUGGCGGCCGAGUACGAGUCUUCGGCUCCUGUUAAGAUUGCCUGCGCCGGCGUGUCCAACCCGGAUGUUGACCUGGGGCCGUCCGACUCCGAAAACGUGAGCGACGACGACAGUGUCAGUGGUAGUGCGGGCGCAUUAAACAGCGGUGAGGACCACGACGAUGGGAGCGCGAUGAGUUUCUCCAACGACGGAAGCUGCACAGCGAGCGAAUCACAGGACGAAGCAAGCAGCGGAGAGGAAGAGAAUAGCGAAACGGCCGAGCAGGGGGAGGAUGAUGCGCAGGCUAGUAAUCGGUACCGCGCCACUCCAACUGCACUGCUUUUGCCACGGAGUGAACGCGAUGUGCAACCUGUACUGCGAGCGUGGUUGGACACACGGAAGAUGAAGAGCUUUACACGUAGGCAGUGGACGCGUUCUCGGAGAGAAGACACGCUGCAAACGCUGUUCAAAAGUAUCGAGAAGCCCCCGGCUGAGAAGCUGCUCCACAGUGGGCUACAGGAAGUGGAGCAACGAAGCGUCCUCCUACCCCGCAGGGGUGUCACUCACGGGAACAAAGCGCGCGCGUUUUCGAACACUGCCGUAUCUCGGGCGCGGUUCCGGGCACAUGUGGCACAAGUCAAACGGUUUCAGCGCGUCGUGGGUGGCGAAACGCCUAUGGAAAGGAGAAUCUCUGCGGCGGAGACCGCGAUGCAACAUCGCGCAAAGAGAGUUCGUGCUGAGGAUGAUGAAACCUCGGCUGAGAUAGAUGCUGUCACAACAAUGAAGGACCGUCGUGGCCCUUCGCACAGCGCACAAGAGGAUUUCGAUGUCGAGCGCCAAAGCACCGAUGAGAGUAUGCACUGGAGCACUCUGACUCCUGACACUGAAAGAUACUCUCGCGGUGCCCUGUUUACAUCAUCUGCGUCGCCACCGCGCUGCAGCGCCUUGCCGUUUUCCAGAUCCCAGCUCCAAAUUAAUUUGCGCUGCCUGCGAAAAAGCAUUACAGACCUGUUGCGGUUGCUCCACGAUAAAGUGGAAGACCCCGUGGAGUUUCGGAAAAGUUUGGCGUCGGAGCAAUGGUAUUUGGGAAGGGAUCCGCAGGGUAUGUGGCAUGUCGAUCGCGGACGGAAGUGUGGACUCAUUCCAGUCGAAGUAAUUCGUGCUCUCUACGUCGUGCAGUUGCACUCUGCCGCGAAAGAAUCUCAGCAGCACUUCGCGGAGCUUUCGAGUACAGCUGGCGCUGGAAAUAGCUGCGCGGACGGAGACCACACUCUUUCUUUGUCUAAGCGCCCGAAUCUUGUUAUUCAGGAGCUCGAAGGUAUUGUGCGAAGGCUCGUUGCACUCACCGAUUUCGGGUUUGUGGUGGAGCUCUUCCGGGAGGCGUGCAUGGCAGAAAAUUGUGCAAAGAAAAAGCGUUUCAAGCAGACGAACGGCGGCGAGCCAGAAGAUUUAUUGCCGUUGUACCCGCUGGACGCAGACUUCGAGGCCCAGCUCGUGCGACACCUAAAUGCCCAUCCGAGAGGCUGCGGUGCAGAGUCGCAGCUGUCACACGGAAACGAGCUCGCUGCGAAAGCCUUAACAGCAAACCAGAUGGCUGGGCGUUGUGAUGUUCGCAUUGAAAAGUUGAGUCACACUUGGUGCAGACCUGGUGGGCCACCAGCAGCAAAGGCGGGUUGUUUCCGAGAGGAGAGCCAAGGGCAUAGCUACGACUGGCAGGCGCCAGUGCGCCAAAAGCUGCUUCGCGCUCAGAAGUUGCAAGCUAAGCUGGCGAAUUAUCAGAAUUUUGCGGCGUCAGUCGCGGUCUAUGUCGAACCGCGAGCCACGACCAGCUGGUUGCCUGCGACGGCGUGCGCAGCAACGACCUCUCCACCAACAAUGCACAUGGGAAAGUCACUGGCGGAAAGCGCGCGGAGAGCCCACGGUCGGCAGCAGGUGUGGACGCAUUGGACGACCAUGCAUGAGCAGGAGCGAUUGACGGUUGACGAGACUACUCCCGAGUAUUGGAAUCGGCAACGUGAACUGUAUCAGCGACUCGAAUCUGGGCCGCCCGCCCUGGCACUUGUUGCAUCUUUCCGAGGAGAGGAUUAUGCGUCGUCUUGGGGUGAGUCUCGUGCACCUGCUCCCUCAAUGGGUCCGGUUGGCGUCCUGCAGAGCGCGAACGAGAUCGAGACCGAUGCUGUACAAAGCGUGACCACGCCCAAAACUGCGCCGCCCCACUGCCACUUCUACCAUCCUUCGAGAUCUGCUGACGCAAUCGCGUCGUCGCAAGUUUCUCAGCAACUACGAGAUCGUCGCGACGCCCAAUCCACUGGCUGCUCCAAGAAAAAGACCGUUUCCUUCGCCAGGUGGGUAUCGGUUCUAAGCUCCGAAGCGCCGCUGUCGCUUCCACUCCUUAGGACGACAAGUUUUGGUCACGUGCCAUGCUCCCUUGAUCUCCGCGUGUCGCAAAAUGUGCUAGAGGGCGCAACUCAGAGAUCGCGCGCCUCCGCACGGUCAAGCAACUCAUUUGGCAUCGAACAAGUCGGCAGCAGCGGUGGUAGAAAUAACUAUCACAUCUCUACUACUUCGGCAGGGGAGCAGACUUCGGAGCAAGGGUUUACUCCUUCGGUAUCCGACGCUACUUUGUGCCGAAGUCAAAGACUUUAUGACCAGCUGACAGACAUGAGCGAGAUAGGUGUCAUCACUGACGAGCGCGCCAAAGCGAGGUUUCGAACACAAAAUGGAGCUAUCGCACCAGCGGCCGUGUUUCCGAACAGCUACAGCGAGGAUGUAGAGACCUGUCUAUCGCAAACGCUGAUGGGGUGGGAUGUCGACGAGAGUGACGAAGAAAUGUCAGAUCAGGAGCUGAACACCAUUCAGCUGCAAACAGUGUUGCCGGCACCGUGGGAGGAGAUGGCGGAGCGACAAUAUGAAAAAGCCGACGGAAAAAACGUGAACUCGUAUGUCCAGCCUGCUCGAGUACUCGCAUCGAUCUCCUCUCGUGGUCGUCCUGCAAAUGGUUUACUCACCAGCAUCAAGGCCACAAAUACCACGAAAGCUCCUAAAGAAAACGAGGGUCGUCCAUCUUCGUCCGGUGACCGCAGAAUGGAAGCGGUGGAGCCCAAAGUAGAGGCGGAUAGUACGGAAAGCGAGACGUCGUCGGGUUUCGAUGCUCCAGACACGGUCAGGCGUCGUCGCUCCUCGGCAAAUCACACCAGUUCACGCGUCGAAGGAGUACACCGACGACCAGGAGGUGCAGGAACAUCAAAGGUUCCUGUGCAAACUGGAGGACCAUCACAUCACGACCAGGCUUUCUUGCCGCGAGUGAGCGGGUCGUCCGGGUUGCAGGUAUGGCGGGAUCCCCGCCACACUGAAGGAGGCCACGGACAUCUGGCACCCCUCGGAACCCGGCCGGGGGUCUCUUCUCUGCAGGUCGGUCGUCAAGUGAUGGCGAGAAGGCAGAGCGCGAUGACAGAACACAAUCGAAGUGUUGCAACGGUAAGGCGCGCCAACAAAGGUUGUGCGAGCGGAAAGAAAACAGUUUGUCUGUACCGCAAUAAGUACUUGGGGACGACCAUCCGCCAAACGUCCGACCGAGCAGAUGCACGUCGGACCGUGCCACCUCACGCGUUUCGAUUCCUGGAAGAAGAUCCUGACGGCACUCGCCCACCUGUCGGUCGCGUGUUUCACUGCACCGCCUGGGUAGUGCAAAGAAGAGCGGCUGCGCGACCGUGGCCAGUGGGGGAACCGGUGACGAAGCUGCAGUGCAGUGCCUGUGGAAAAUGGCGAAAGAUUGACUGUCCGAAGACCGGCAAAAUCUUGCGUGAGUGUGAAACGGCGGCGAAAUUUCGAUGCAGCGACCUGAUCUUUUGCGAUUGCCAUUACGCCUGCGAUACCACAACCCCGAACCGCGCCGCCUGGGGUCACGUGCGGGACUACCGCGUUUGGGUUAGAGUAAGUUGCUGCGGCACCUGGAAGCGGCUGGAUCCCCGAAAGUACUUGCAACUCAAGCGCAGCGGGAAGGUUUGGACCAAGCCGACCAAGGGUGUGACGUGUCUAGACUGCGGGUUCCGGGAAUGCCAGGACCUGUCGUAUUGUGCGGCAGGGUGGCACGCGUGUGGCUUGUACCGGAGCGUCAACGGGACAGCGGAUUCGCACUUCUUCAGCCAGGAUUAUCAAAUGCAAAUGUGUCUUGUUCUGCAACUCGCUGUGGCUUGUCAUGUGCUGAAUUUGAUUAUAAAUACCUUGUCGGAAUAAGAAUAAAUAUGAUUAAGUAAGUAUCUAUCCGGUGCAAGCUCUGCAACGGACAGCAGAUUUUGACAAGCUCUCUCGAGAGGGAGAGCGCUGCUCACUAAAAACCUAGACGGGAGCCGAGCUCUGGUUCGGGAUAGUUUCAGGGUGGCGCAUCGAAGAUGAUUGUACUGGUACUUGCCCGAUGAUGUUGUCUAGCGUCAGGUGCUUCACUCUGUGGCGACCCAGAAGGUACUGGCUUUGCUCUUCUUGCAUGCUGGCGGCUUUUAUUUGAGUUAUAACAAUAAUUGUGUGCUUACUAAUACUAACUAGUAUCACACUCACUUUGCGAUUGCGCCGGACAUCUUUGCAAUGAAUACGGAUGACGACGACGUGAGUGAGGGCGAGUUCGUCUUUAAAAAGAUUGACGAUGUAUUUGGAGAAGAUAUGUACGUGCUCACGGACUCCGAAGAUGACAGUGAAUGGUCUUCGCCGGACACCGAGGAAGAAGAGCCCGAGUUUCCUGCUGAAAGCGCUCUGGACGGGAGCGGCGGUGCGGAGGCUGUGUCACAAGAUAGAGAAGAACGCUCUCAGCGCUCUACCUGGUCUUGAAACAAACUGAAAAAUAAUAUGAUAUAAUGAGUUCUUGUUCGCCGUGUAAUCAAAUCAUCUUGCUUUUUUCUCCAACUGGUAGCGCGAACAGCUGUGGUCACGCUCAGGAAGACCUGGUUGGAAUGGUGACAAACUGACAGGGAGGACUCUUAUGAUCUUGCGUGUUCUCUCUCCCAAAGCCAAAUGCAC